UUAUGUGUCAGCAAACUUCAUCACCUCCAUAUGUGAAAUGCAAUCCAUCCCACAACAAUUCCGACAUAUUUAAUCCUUUGAUCCCCAACAACCAUCAAAACAUUCAAAUAACAACAUUCCACCCAACACUUGAAUUCAAUUCCCAUAAAUCCCACAUCACUUCUUUAGCAAUAAAAGAGGCAAUUGCCAUAGCCCAAAUAACAAUUCCAAUGAUCCUAACCGGAAUAUUGAUGUAUUCGCGGUCCAUGAUCUCUAUGCUCUUUUUGGGCCAUCUUGGUGAGCUAUCGCUUGCCGGUGGAUCACUUGCUAUUGGGUUUGCUAACAUCACUGGAUACUCCAUUCUUUCGGGUCUUGCAAUGGGAAUGGAACCCAUUUGUGGCCAAGCUUUUGGUGCAGGAAAACAUAGUCGCCUUGGCCUUUGUUUACAAAGAACCAUAAUUCUUUUACUUUCAACUUCAAUACCCAUAUGUUUUUUAUGGAUAAACAUUAGAAAAAUCUUGCUAUUUUUUGGACAAGAUCAAGAAAUUGCAACAAUGGCCCAAACUUACCUUUUGUACAAUAUUCCUGACCUUUUGGCCCAAUCUUUCUUACACCCAAUACGAAUUUACCUUAGAUCUCAAUCCAUAACUUUACCAUUAACAUUUUGUGCAUUUCUUUCCAUUUUUCUUCACAUUCCCAUCAACUAUUUUCUUGUCACAAAACUUGAAUGGGGAAUCCAAGGUGUUGCAAUUAGUAGUGUUGUCACUAAUUUCAACUUAGUUUUUUCAUUAAUCAUUUACAUAAUAAUAUCCGGUGUCUACAAAACCACAUGGAGAGGUCUCUCUAGAAAAUGUUUUACCGGGUGGAAUUCGCUAUUAAACUUAGCUAUUCCAAGUUGCAUUUCGGUUUGUCUCGAAUGGUGGUGGUAUGAGAUCAUGAUUUUGCUUUGUGGGCUACUUAUGAACCCGAAAGCCACCGUGGGAUCAAUGGGGAUUCUUAUACAAAUGACCGCUUUGAUAUAUAUAUUUCCAUCAUCUUUAAGCUUUAGUGUGUCAACUAGAGUUAGUAACGAGUUAGGCGCCGGUAGACCAAAUAAGGCCAAACUUGCAGCCAUUGUGGGGUUAUGUUGUAGUUUCAUAUUUGGAUUUUCGGCUCUUUUGUUCACAUUUGGUGUACGUAACUUAUGGGCUAUUAUGUUCACUCAAGACAAAGAGAUCAUAGCUUUAACAACCUUGGUUUUACCUAUCAUAGGAUUAAGUGAGCUUGGCAAUUGUCCACAAACAACGGGUUGUGGCGUACUAAGAGGGACAGCUAGGCCAAGAAUCGGGGCGAAUAUUAAUCUAGGAUGUUUUUAUCUAGUUGGAAUGCCGGUGGCACUAGUUUUAGGAUUCAUUAUGGGAUAUGAUUUUCAAGGGUUGUGGCUCGGGUUGUUGGUGGCACAAAUGUCAUGUGUGGUGGCGAUGUUGGUGGUUUUGGGUCGCACAAAUUGGGAUAUCGAAGCACAAAGAGCUAAAGAGCUAACUCACGGUGGUGGUGGUGGUUUUUUUGUUGAUCGUGACGAUGGUGAUUGCGAAGAAAUUAAGGAAGAAAAGUGUAAGUUAAUUAAAGCCGCAAACAAGGAGGAAGAAUCUAUGGGAUUAAGGGAUAAUUUAGUCUAAUAAUUUGAUGGGUUUGGCUUUCUAAUAAUAAUUUUUGAGUUCUAACUUUAGUUCCAUAAGUUGGGUAAUUUCAUGUAUAGCAUAGAGUGGGUGAGAGGUAUUAGUUUCAUCAUCUUUUUUUAGAGUUUAAAUUCUGAAAUACCAAUGUAUUUUGGGAAAGGAUUCCCUUAUUAAUAA